AUGGACCAAGUAACAGAUAUUGAAUACAUGAAAAUUCAACGAAAGUAUCUUAUUCCUCUGGCUGAAUCUUUUAUAGGAAUAGCAGAAGAUCCAUCUUCACUACCUGCGUUCAAAGAUUUUAUUAUCAACAGCAGAUCAACACCGUGUAAUAAAGAUAAUGUUAAAACCUGGCGAAAGGAUGCGCUCAACGCGUUACAAUAUGUACAUAACAGAUUGACCAUGGAGGAUGAAAUUGAACCCGAAGCUCCUAAUAAUGCGAGACAAACAUCUGACGAAAUGGUUGCAACUCCGUCAGAGCCUCCUACCGCUGCACUAAAAUGGCAAAAAUCAUCUUUAAGAAUUAUAGAUACUUGUUCUAUCCCUACGAAUAGGGUUGAAGAUAUAAUUGGCACGGUACCCGACAGUUUUCUGAACCAAGUUGGAUUAGCUUUUAAAAGUAAUUUGCAUCCUGAAGAUAAUUUAGAUAUUCCGCCAACAAUACUUAUUAACGGCCCACCUUUUUGUGGAAAGACCAAAUUGAUAAAAUCAAUUGCGGGGACCCUUCAAGUUAACUUCGUCUCCGUAACUGUGGGUGUUGUUAAUCCCUCGGCUCGUUCAUGGAGGGAAAUUUUCUGCGAUGCUAAGAAAUAUGCCCCAUGUGUACUACAUAUUGAUGCAAUCGAAUGUAUGGAGAAGCAUACUGUCCCAAUUGGGGGCUUCAGGGUCGCUUGUUUGCUGAAAAACGAACUUUUGCCAGGUGAGACUUCACUUCCUGCAUCAAGCCCUAUUUUAGAAUGCCUUGGGACAGGAGUAAUUGUUGUUGGUGAGACAAGACGACUUUUGGCGAGUCUCCCACAAGAAGUAACUGACCUAUUUACCGACCGUUUCACUUUUGGUAUGAUGGAGGAGUCCUGUCGUCUAAAUCUUCUUUCAAAAUACCUGCUGGAAUCGAAUUCACAUACUUCAUCUGAUGCUAAAAUGCCUCUUUUUCUGGAUUAUGGAUUAACUAUUCGUGAUAUUGCCCAUCGUACACCAGGUUACGAAGCGGGAGACUUAAUUCGCCUAGUUAGAGUCCUUCACAUGGAGCUUAUCACGAAGUCAGAAGAAUGCGAUGGUAGGGCUGGAAGGGAUAAAGUUUCCUGGAAAAUGUUAGAAGCUGCAUUAAAUCAAGUUAUUCCUGCUGUCAAAAACACCGCUGAAUUCGUCACAAUUCCUGAUGUCACCUGGAAGGAUGUUGGUGGACUCGAGACGACCAAAGCUCAUCUCCAUAAUCAAUUCAUGCUUCUCAUAAAUGAUUGGGAACGCGCCCAGAAGCUACGACGUCGUUCAGGAGGCGUCUUACUAGAAGGACCUCCAGGUUGUGGAAAGACUCUGAUUGCCAAGGCUCUCUCCAACACUGCAGGAUUAAAUUUCCUCUCUGUAAAGGGUCCUGAAAUCUUGAACAAGUACCAAGGCGAGAGUGAGCGUCGAAUCCGUGAGAUAUUUGAACGGGCGCGCGCCUGUCAACCCUGUCUCGUCUUCUUUGAUGAAAUUGACGCUAUUUGUCCAAGACGAGAUGGUGAUGAGUCCAGUGGGAGUCGUGUGAGUGUCGUGAAUCAAAUGCUGGUGGAAUUGGAUGGAAUCGAUAAACAUCGUCAAGCAAGAGUGUUCGUGGUGGGUGCUACCAAUAGGAAAGAUAUGAUCGAUGAGGCCAUUCUCAGACCAGGUCGAUUGGGAUUACAUUUAUGUGUGCCACCUCCAGAAAGUCAACAGGAUCGUGUUGAUAUUCUCUCAGCCUGUACUCGCGGAGCCACCGCGCCUCUUAUUAAAGGGGGCAUGGAUGUGCUCAAUGGAGUUGCAGCUGAUCCUCGGACCAAAAACAUGAGUGGUGCUGAUUUGGAGAACCUGCUGGAAAUGGCCAAAUUAAGUGCCCAUUUGAAGAGACGUGAUUUUCUUCUUGAGGCGGAUUUUCAGGUUGCUCUUCAAGAACUGAAAAAGUGA